CCCCGGAUCUCUCCUGGCAGAACCGCAACCCCUUGGUGGCCGUGUACUACACCAACCGAGCCCUCUGCUACCUGAAGAUGCAGCAGCACGACAAGGCGCUGGCCGACUGCAAGCGUGCCCUGGAGCUGGACGGCCAGUCGGUGAAGGCCCACUUCUUCCUGGGCCAGUGCCAGAUGGAGAUGGAGAACUACGACGAGGCCAUCGCCAACCUGCAGAGAGCCUACAACCUGGCCAAGGAGCAGCGGCUGAAUUUUGGGGACGACAUCCCCAGCGCCCUGCGCAUCGCCAAGAAGAAACGCUGGAACAGCAUCGAGGAGAAACGCAUCAACCAGGAGAACGAGCUGCACUCCUACCUGACCAAGCUGAUCAUGGCAGAGAAGGAGAGGGAGCUGGCCGAGUGCCGGAAGAGUCAGCAGGAAGAAAACGCGGACGAGAGCCGGAGCCGAGUUCAGCUGGCCAGCAUCGAGGCCAAACACGACAAGUACCUGGCGGACAUGGACGAGCUCUUCUCCCAAGUGGAUGAGAAGAGGAAGAAGCGGGACAUCCCAGACUACCUGUGCGGGAAGAUCAGCUUUGAGCUGAUGAGAGAGCCCUGCAUCACGCCCAGCGGCAUCACCUACGACAGGAAGGACAUCGAGGAACAUCUCCAGCGCGUGGGUCAUUUCGAUCCGGUGACGCGGAGUCCCCUGACCCAGGACCAGCUCAUCCCCAACCUGGCCAUGAAGGAGGUGAUCGACGCCUUCAUCUCGGAGAACGGCUGGGUGGAGGAUUACUGAGGGGGGCCCAGGGGACAACGCUGGCCGGCCCGGGACCGCUCCCCCCCUCAAAGCCACCCCCUACCCCGGCCAGGGUGGCACAGACACCUCUCUCUGGGCUGGCACCAUGCCUUACUCGCUCUCCAGCUCUUCCCCCUGUGCUCCGGGUGCCCAGAGACCCAACUGGGCCAGUGGCCAUGUCCCCUUCCUGAGGAACCGCAGCGGCUGGGCGAGCACAACGCAUCCCUCCAGGGGCUCCUUCCUUCUCCCCCAGCUCCUCGCAGACCACCUCUGGAAGUUUGGAGAAGGUUGGCUUCCUCACGGUGGCCUGGAAGGUCUCACCAACCAACAUCUUCAUCGCCCCAGAGAGCGGGGGGUUGUCCCCCCCCAACCUCGGCUCCGGCAGCUGACAAUCCCCAAAGAUCACAUCCUGGCUCCGGGGAGGUGCCGUGAGGAGGAGUUUGUCGGGAUGAGCACCUGGUGCUGGGCUGACCCAACUCCCCUCCCCGUGUACAUAGUUGUGUCUUCAUCCUUCCACCUCCUGCCUGGCCGGGGUCGGGGUCUCCUCACUCCUGUAAGCAGAGCAGGAGACCCAACCUCCCCCACUGCGGACGCCCACCCACCCUCUGGCUUGGUUUUUUGUUUUUUUUCCUUGGAAACUGCUGCCCCCGAGGGCUUGGAAGGGGCUGGUUUGCACGGCCCCCUCGCCCGCCGGGACCGUGGUUCCCUGCGAACGACUGCCCCGGGUUCAAGUUCUUCUUCCUUUUAAUGAAUUCCCUUUAAAACAACAACAAAAAAAACAAACCCCAACCAACAGAUCCAGGGCUGACUGUGACUCCGGCGGUUGGGUCGGCCCACAGCCUGCGUGGCUUUUGAGCACCCUCUGGAAGUUUGCCAAUAUGUCAAUUAAAAAAAAAAAAAACAAAACCCAACAAAAAACACAUAAUAAAAUAUAUAAAAAUAAUUAAAGAAAAAAAAUUCAGCAAUAAAUGUGGGAAAAAAAAUAAAAUAAUAAAAGAGC